AAGUCAGCGCCAUUAUUUUCAGUUUCCUCUUCUUUGUAUAUUCAAGAAACAAGAGCUUAAAAUGAUGGAUUGGGGUCUACAAGCUGUUGUUAUAGGAUCAUCAACCUGUAGUAAUAUCCAAUACGGAGCAAAUUAUAUUGAUCAAAAAUCUUAUUUUUCUCCUUUGAAUUUUCAAGAAAGUGAAUAUUUAGCUUUUUCUGAGAUGAAAACGGAGGUUUUGAAUGAUGAACUAGAAGAGCUUUACAAGCCAUUUUACCCUGUUGUUGGACAAAAUACGUUAAUGGCUUCUUCUAUUUCUUUUCCUAAAGAACCUAAAGAAGAACAGAAAGAAGAAAACGAGCAGCAAUCUUUUGGUCUCGUGGCUGCUCCUACUUAUGUACCAAAAUACAAAAGAAGGAAGAAUGAGCAGAAGAGAGUGGUGUUUCAGUUAAAAGCAGAAGAUCUUUCUUCUGAUAAAUGGGCGUGGCGAAAAUAUGGUCAAAAACCCAUCAAAGGCUCCCCUUAUCCAAGGAGCUAUUAUAGGUGCAGCAGCUCAAAGGGAUGUUUAGCAAGAAAACAAGUAGAACAAAGUUGCACUGAAAUUGGGUCUUUUAUUGUGACAUACACAGCUGAACAUAACCAUAGUCAGCCAACUCGUAGAAAUUCUCUUGCUGGUACUAUUAAAACCAAAUUUCCAACCUCAAACAAUUCCAAUAAAAAUGAAAGUCCAAAAAUAGAGAAAGAAAAAAUUUCAAGUACCCAUGGUUCAACAUCAAAUUUAGUAUUAUCCAAAGCAACCCUUUUGAAUAUUGAAUCCAAUAUUAGUGAAUCACAAUUUCCAGAAAUAGAAAUCAAUCAAGAGAAUAAUAUGUUUGAAGGAAGUGAUGAGAAUGAAUGUGUUUCAAUUGAAGACAUGUUUGAUGGAGAUUUCUUUGCGGGGUUAGAAGAUAUUAAUGACGGAUUUAAUUCUUCGUUUGGAUGUAAUAAUUCAACAUUUCCUUUUUCUAGUUGAUGGAAUAUAUGUAUUGGAAUUUUUGUUUUUGU